GGUUAGUGAGUAACAAGAUUUCAGUUAUUUCGCAUUCCCAUAGUGAUUACAAAUGAACGGUGUUUCACGUUUUUAAUAAUAGUAAAUAGUAAAUAAGACGUUUCUAACUAAGUUUGCGUUGUAGGUGUAUUUUAUCUAAAAUUAACAUAUUUGAAUAUAUUAAAUAUUUAUUGAAAUGACUUAUUAUUUUUAAACAUAUUAUACUUAUCACAUCAAGAUGUUUGGCUCAGGCUCAGGAGCUUUUUCAGGAGGAGCUGGAAAUUCAUCGGCAUUUGGACAAUCUACUUUUGGUAAACCUGCUGGUACUAGUGUUUUUGGACAAUCCAAUACAUCAAUAUUCAAUCAAACUACUCAACCAAACACGGGUUUGUUUGGAUCUACAGCAGCAGCCCCUGCUUUUGGACAGACACCCGCAGCACAACAAACUUUUGGAGGUUUUAGUACUGGUGGUACCUCACUUUUUGGAACACCAACUGCAACACCUGCAUCAAGUAGUAGCUUGUUUGGACAACAAAAUGCAUCUAUGGUUGGAAAUACUGGUGGUAGUUUAUUUGGUUCAUCAAAUCCUAAUGCUUCAUUUGGUCAACCUAAGCCUGUUAAUACAGGAUUUUCUUUUGGAUCUACUGUACAGCCAUCUGGAAAUAUAUUUGGUACACCUCAGGGGAGUUCAACAGGUUCUGGAAUUUUUGGAGUGCCCUCAGCUGGCACCUUCGGUGCUACAUCAGGAUUUGGAAAUGCACAAGUAUCUACUGGUGGCACCACUAUUAAAUUUAAUCCUGUAACUGGUACGGAUACAAUGGUUAAAAAUGGUACCAAUCAAACUAUUAAUACUAGACAUCAAUCUAUUACGGUUAUGAAAGAAUAUGAAUCAAAAAUAUUUGAAGAACUACGAUUUGAAGAUUAUUGUGCAAAUAGAAAAGUUGGGCAGCAGGGUACUGUUGGUGGUGGAUUAUUUGGAGCACCUAAAACAUUGUUUGGUUCUACUGCUACGACCAGCACCGGAUUAUUUGGUUCUAAUGAUAAUAAACCACUUUUUGGUGCAACAUCUACUACUCCUGCUCUUGGUGGGUUUGGAAGUACUAGUACAUCAAGUGUUUUUGGUGCACAGAAUAAUAUUUUUGGCAAGACCCAACAAACGGCUCCUACUUUUGGAACUACAACAUCAACAUCUUCAUUUGGUAUGAAUACAACUCAGCCUAGUAUUUUUGGUGCAAAUACUGCUCAGACAUCCAAGCCAUUUGGAGUUGGUGCACCACAAACAAAUAUUUUUGGAAGUACUGCUCCUACUGCUUUUGGUCCUUCAACCACUGGAUUUGGACAAACUGGAUUUGGUGCUCAACCCAAUCAAAAUAACUUAUUCAGUCAAAACAAAUCUGCAUUUGGUCUUGGAUCUACUCCAUCUUCAACAAGUUUUGGAUUUGGAACUAAUACUUCUACUAGUGCAAGUGGUGGCGGUCUAUUUGGAAAUAAACAAGCUAGUACUGGAUUUCAGUUGCCUACUCCAGCAUUUGGUUCAACUAAUACUUUUGGAGCUACAUCUACUGCUCAACCAGCUACUGGUGGUUUGUUUGGAUCCAAUGCUUUUAACAAACCUCAGACAUCAUUAUUUAAUCAACCUAAUAACACACAAACAAAUGUCUUUAGUAGUGCUGCAAAACCAGGAGGUUUAUUUGGACAAGGUACACAAAGUACAGGUUUAUUUGGCUCUGCAAAUAACAGUAGUUUUGGUACUGGUGGAACAUCAUUUUUUGGUAGUUCGCAACAACCUGGUAGUGGCAUAGGUCUUUUUUCUGGUUCAACAAAUACUCAACUUACACCUAAUCAAUCUUCUCAAAAUAAUCAAAUACAAUUGCAAUUAGAAACACUUAAAGCAAUGCCAUAUGGUGAUUCACCAUUAUUUAAAAGAUUUUAUAAGGAUGUAACAAAAGUUGAUGAGUCAUCAGUAGUUAGAUCACAAAAUGUAUCACUUGAUAAAUUUAGUAGUUAUAAAGUAUCACCUAUACCAACCCCUAAAAGCCUACCUCAAGUACGCAGAAAUUUUCCACAGUUCAAUCGUAAAUCUUUAUUUGACGGUCUUGAGGAGUCUCCACCAUCGUUUAAGACAAAUGACAAAACAAGUGAUGGUUCUAUUCUUGUUUCUUCACCAAGAACUAAUUAUAAAAAGCUUAAUUUAAAAAAAGACAGUGAUAAUAAAUUAAAGUCAAGUAAUAGUUUAAUCUUGCAUACAAAACCAUUAGCAAAAUUAGAAAAUUAUUUCAUUGCAAAACAAGGAUCAUUGUUGGAUAACACACGAAAAGUAGAUUUAUCGAUUAAUGAUAGCAAUAAUACUGUAGCUGAACUUCAUAGUAAUAAAAAAACCUCUCCAAAUAGCUCUAAAGGUGUUGAAAUCAUUGAUAUUGUUCAAAAUAAUGUAACUGAAAUUGAUAAUAAAGAACCAAGCAUUGAUCCAAAUAUUCCUGAAGCAGAAGAUCAUUGUACUGGAAUUAAACUAAGACGUGUUGGUUACUAUACAAUACCACCUAUGAAUGAAUUAGCAGAAUUAGUAGAUGAUAAUGGUGCAUGCUAUGUUGACGGAUUUACCAUUGGGCGUUAUGACUUCGGAAAUGUUUUCUUUCCCGAUCGUAUUAAUGUUGCUGGACUAGAUUUAGACUCAAUAGUUCAUAUAAGACACCGGGAAGUCAUAAUUUAUCAAGAUGAUGAAAAUAAACCUCCUUUGGGAGAAGGGCUUAAUAGGAAAGCCACUGUUACUCUUGAUCGUGUUUGGCCAACUGACAAAACCACUAAGCAACCAAUUACUUGUCCAGAUAGAAUUGCAGCCACAAAUUUUGUUGCCAAACUUCAAAGAGUUUGUGGAAAACUAAAUGCUCAUUUUGUAGAUUAUCGUUUAGAUAGUGGUUCAUGGGUAUUUAGUGUUGAUCAUUUUUCAAAGUAUGCUUUAUUAGAUUCUGAUGAAGAUGAUGAUAAUAUAGAAGUAACUAAUAUAGAUCCUAAUAAAAUACAACCAAAGUCAAUACCUCAAAAACCCAAAAUUGGAAAACUUGUUGUUGAAAAUGGUAGUCCUAAUCAAUUAGUGGCUAAUAAACAAAUGUUAGAUCUUACAGUUGGGCUGGAUCGAUCUCAGUUACCCCAUCAGUAUCUAAUGAAAUCAAAUAACCAACCUAUGACCAUUGAUUCAUUAACCUUGAAUGAUGAUCCUUCCGUAAUGCAUUUUUAUGAUAAUAAUAAAGAAAAUAGUGUAAAUGUAACAGCUCAACUGUCACAAAACAUGAAUUUACAAGCCCAUAAAAUUCAAUGCAUGAAAGCUUCAUUCAAUGAUAUAUUUUAUGAUGAGAUAGAACCCAUGGACCAAGAUGAAGAUAGUUAUGAUGAAAAAAAUAAAUUUGAGCAUAAAUUAGAAAAGAUUUUGGAAACUCUACCAGAUUUUAUUGCCAGUCCAAAUAAGAAUGAUACUUCUUUAUCUAAAUCAACUGUGAUUAUAUCAAACAAUCAAGCACCAGCUUCAUUUUUUAUUACUAAGCAAAAACGAAAAAUUGGACAAUCUACUCAUACUCCAAAAUUAAAUUUAAUGGCUCCAUUACAAGCAAAACGUUAUAGUUUAAAAUAUGAUGCUAGUGUUCGAAUUCCAUUUGAAGAAGAGUUUAAAAAUAUACACAAAUCAAAUAAAUUAGCAUUAUUGAAAUCUGUUUUUUUCAAAGUGCCUUGGUCAAAUAACUUAACAUUUGUUACCAUUAAUACAAAAUCUAAGCAAAAUUUUUUACAAUCAAAAAAAUUAGAUAUUAGCUGUUUAUCUACAGAUUUAUCUGGUCGUGUAAAUGAUGAUUAUUCUUCUACUAUUAUUCAAAAAAUAAAAAUUAUGACUCCAACUCAAACAGAAACUUUCUUAGAGCUUUUGACAGAGCAUUUACAAAUUUGUAUGGAGCAUAGCAAUUUUGACACUGAAAAUUCUACCCCCUUUUUUUAUCCAAAAUCAGGUGUUGAUGGACUACAUUCUCAUUGUUGUUUAUUAGCUCAUUUUUCGGAAUUGCCCGAAGAAACUCUUUAUUCUCAUGUUUGGGAAUUAAUUAAAGCACUUUGGGGAGAUCCAGAAAAUUUAUUUACCAAAGAUUGUCCUCAAGAGCAUUUAUAUAAUAUGGCAAGGCGUCAGGCAAUUUCUGAUUGGCUAGAAGCUCUUUUAGAAAAAACUAUUGAUUUUAAAAAUUCUGAUGAUAAUACAUCUCAAAAGAUUUUGAAAUUAGUUUCUGCACAUAAAAUUAUGGAAGCUUGUGAUUUAGCUAUAUCUGACAAUGAUUGUAAUUUGGCUAUGUUGUUGGCUCAAUUAGGAAGUGAAAAUUCUGUUAGAUGUUGUAUUCAGAGACAACUUUGGCAGUGGUCUAAUAGUAAAGCUGAUUUAUUCAUUGACAAUGACCAUCUGAAAUUGUAUACUAUGGUAGCAGGACAGCCAUUAUAUGACUCAAGUAAAGGAAUUAUCAAUAUAUGUGAAAAUAUGGAUUGGGUCAGAGCAUUUGCUUUGCAUUUAUGGUAUAUUCAACCACCAUCUGGUACUAUUGAGGACGCAUUGAAUGCUUACCAAAAUGCAUUUGAUGGUGAUGAUUCAUAUGCAUGUAUGCCAUUUAGCAAAAAUUAUUUAAAUCAUGAAUCACCUGAUGAUAUAUUUUCCACAUUUGAUGUUUGCUUCCAUUUAAUGAAAUUAUACACUAAUUCAACUUAUGAUAUUUAUGAAAUUGUAAAUCCACUCACACAUACACGUGAUCCAUUAGAUUAUAACUUUAGUUGGUUGUUGUUUAACACUCUACAAUCACUUGGUUAUACACAAAUGUAUGAACCUUAUUGUAAUCAAUUGCAUAUUAACUUUGCUUCACAAUUAUCAUCUCAUGGAUUAUGGCAUUGGGCAAUAUUUGUUCUUUUGCAUAUUAAGGACAAUGAAUUAAGGGAAAAUUUAAUUGAAGAUAUGAUUGGUAGAAAUGUUGAGAACACAAUUGAACUUAAUGAUAAAGAAGCAUUUAUAGUUUCAAAGCUACAUGUUAAAGAAACUAUUAUUUAUUAUGCAAAAGCAAUAUUAACAGAAUCCCAAAAAAUGUAUCAUGAAGCAGUUACUUGUUAUUUAAAAGCUGAAUGUUGGCAAGAAGCAAAUGAUGUGCUUGUUGGCAAUCUUUUAUCUUAUUACAUACUCCAAAGAGAUGGUAAACCAAAGUUAAAACAUUUAUUAAACUGGUUGAUUGAUGGUUGUAAAGUGGAAGGUAUUGUUCCAACACCAAUGCAAGACAGCUUAACAAUUUUAGAAUAUCUAAAAUUAAAUGAAAAUUUGAACUCAAUGUCUGCUGAUAAAUUGAUAUCUCAUGUAGUUUCACUAUGUGAAAGAGUUGCUGGUUUCUCUGAGAAGACUGUUGAAGAAAGGAUGAUUAAAACUGAAGUAUCUACAUCAAUAGCACAGCAAAUUGGACAUAUUAUAUCAAAGUUAGACUUACCAAAUAGGAAAAUGCUUAAAUCUUUGAUAUUACCUCUGAACAAACUUACAUUAACUGAAGAUUAUUCACUAGAUGAAAUUGUUCAAACUAUUACUCAUUUACUUUGAAAAGCAUGUAGAUUCUUUGUUCUUUUUUUAUUACGUAUUUAAUUUUAUUAUAUUAUUUCAAUCUAAUAAAUUACAAUUUUGUACAUAUUAUUGUAUUGUUGAAAAUAUAAUAAUUCUAGAGGUUCA